UAAAAAAUUGAGGAUGAUAAUAUGUUUAUAAUUCACUGUGGCUUUUAACUGCUGCGUUUCACCUCCCUUUGCUCUCAUUCUGUCCUGGAUUCCCGAUGGUUAAAGUUGUAGACAAACAAGAUUCAUCAACAAACACAAACAACAUGGAAGAUCAACCAACCAACAAGUCUCCUUUUCCCCACUACUUUAUUCCAAGAUUUCACACUGUUUAUCUCAAGAACUGAUCACCAUUUUCUUUUCACAAUGCUACUUUCUUGUCUGUUUCUCUUCUGGGUCAACCUUUUUUCCCUCUUCAACUUCACUUUCCCUCUCCUCCCACCUAAUAAUAUCACCCUCUACGAUGGCGCUUUCUUUAGUACCGAUGGUAUUUGCCUCACUCAAGAAACCACCUGUCUCCCAUCUUCUUCACCUUCCCACAUCGGACGAGCUCUUUACGCUUACCCCAUCCGUUUCAUUGAUCUCCGUACCAGAGACAACGCCUCCUUCACAUGUCGUUUCUCUUUCUCCAUCAUCCCAAACCCCGUUUGUCCUUUCGGGGACGGCAUCGUUUUCUUGGUCACUUCCCGACCCGAUUCUUUCAGCUUCUUCAAUGGCUACAUGGGACUGCCACAACUUGAUGACUUGAGCUCUCAAGAUCCUUACUUUGCUGUGGAGUUCGAUACCAGUUUCAACCCUUCACUUGGUGACAUCAAUGGUAAUCAUGUUGGUGUUGAUGUUAACUCCAUUGUUUCUUUGGCUGCAGUUGAUGUUUUGUCAAAAGGGUUUGAUCUUAAAAGAGGGAAAAAGAUAACAGCUUGGAUUGAGUAUGGGGAUUCAGCCAAGUUGGUUCAGAUAUGGCUUAGUUAUUCAUCAAGUAAGCCUCCAAGUCCUCUUCUUGUUGCCCAGAUAGACCUUUCCAGGCAAUUCAAGGAAUAUAUGCAUGUUGGUUUCUCUGCUUCUAAUGGACUAGGUUCAUCAAUGCACCUUGUUGAUCAUUGGCAGUUCAAAACAUUCACCACUUAUAACAAUCCAAUGGAUUCAGUUGAGCUUGGCUAUUGUUCCAUGUGCUUUCCAGAGGAUUCAUCUAACACUAGCUCUCAGAUUUAUGGUACUCAUAAAAGAGGUUUCAAGAUUGGGAACAUGGCACUUCUAUUCGGAUCCUUGGUUGUCUCGGUUGUCAUUAUAAUAGUAGUUCCGGUCCUUUGUUUCGUUGCAGUGAGGAAAGAGAGAAGUGGUGGCAGAAGAAGCAAAAGAGAACAAACUAGAGUUGAAAUGACUAAUGUUCCAACAAGAUGGUCACUUGCAGAGAUCAAAUUAGCUACAAUGGGGUUUCAUAGGAACAGAAUUGUUGGUGAAGGUGCUUCAGCAGUUGUUUAUAGAGGGUCUGUCCCUUCUGGUGGGGCUGUUGCAGUCAAGCGGUUCGAUCAGUCCAACCGAAAAGCGUUCACUCAUAAUCCGUUUACCACCGAGUUUGCCGCUAUGGCGGGUUGCUUAAAGCACAAGAACUUGGUUCAGCUCCAAGGGUGGUGCUGUGAGGGAUCUGAGUUAGUGUUGAUCUAUGAGUUUCUGGCCAAUGGAAGCCUUGACAGACUCCUCCAUAGAAACACAGAUUCAUCAACUUUCCUCUCAUGGAGCUUAAGAUUAAAGGUAGUUCUAGGCGUAGCUUCUGCUCUUACAUUCCUACAUGAAGAAUGUCAAAGGCAGAUUAUACAUAGAGAUGUAAAAAGCUGCAACAUAAUGCUUGAUGAUGAAUUCAAUGCCAAGCUUGGGGAUUUCGGUUUAGCUGAAGUUUAUGAGCACAAUUGUGGUUCAAGAGAAGCUACAAUACCAGCAGGAACUAUAGGAUACCUCGCACCUGAGUAUGUUUAUUGUGGUAUUCCAACAGUGAAAACCGACGUUUACAGCUUUGGCGUGGUGGUGCUUGAGGUGGCCACUGGGAAGAGGCCUGUGGAUGAUGAUAAAACAGUGCUUGUUGACUGGGUUUGGGACCUAUGGGCGCAAAAGAAACUACUUGAGGCUGCUGAUUCAAGACUUUCAGGGAGGUUUAUUGUCUCAGAGAUGGAGAGGAUGCUUGUUGUCGGACUUUACUGUGUUCAUCCCAACCAUGAAAAACGACCCACAGUGAAAGAAGCUGCCAGGAUUCUCAGAGGUGAAGCACCACUUCCGGUUUUGCCAUCGACGAGACCAACAGUGAGGAUCAAAUCAAAUCUGUGUAAAUACAGUGAAAAUAUUUUGAACAUCGGUAGAGAUAACAGUCCUAAUGGCGAUGAUGCUGGGUGGUUGACGCCUAAGAGCCAUUUUAGCAAAGCUUAGCUUAGGAGGGGUGGGGGGGGGGGGACUAUAUGAAUGCAUAUGCAGGAAACAUGUUGUACCUCGAAUAACAAUAUAUGUAAAGCUUUAAAUUUUGACAGAACUUUGAUGCGUCAUUUUUCCUUUUUAAUUUCUCCCCUUCAGGUCUUUGUAUAAUUGUGAUGAUGUUCUAAUCUAUGAUUUUAGGGUUUGCUCAUGAAACAACUGCGGUAAGUUAUUUGAUGGCAUCUAAUAAGUAUCAUUU